AUGCCCUUUGCUACAGAUAUUUUGACUGACCCUUCGGUCUCAGCCUCUGCUCGACAGCAAGCUCUCAAUCGCGUCUACUCUGACCCAGGUGUCCCCCAGAGUUCGACGACCUCGUCGUUCUGGACCCAGGCACCACACAACUUCAGUCAUGGAGCUGCAAAGGAUCUCCCCAAGGAAGCUGAUACUGUCAUCAUCGGAUCUGGUAUCACUGGAGCAUCUAUUGCGCGGACUUUGCUUCAAAACCGCGCUUCAAAGCCCUCUUCCACCUCUCAUCCAUCUGUUGUCAUGCUGGAAGCUCGCACAGUCUGCAGCGGUGCAACUGGCCGCAAUGGUGGCCACAUUCUGGAGACAGCUGAUGACUAUGCCGAGUUCUCGGAUGUCUUUGGCGUGGAUGCCGCGCGUAAGCUCAUCCGCUUCCGAAUGUCCCAUCUGCAAGAGAUGCUCUCAGUCGCAGAGGAGCUUGGCAUCACUACAGAGACGCAAGCGCGAAAGGUUCAGUUCCUGAGUGUUUAUUUCGGCGAUGAGCCUUGGAAGGCAGCGUUGGAGCGUAUGCACCGUUUCAAGGAGGGGAUGCCAGAAGAAUCUGCUGAAUGGACAUCUUAUGAGGGAGACGCUAUCCCGACAGAGCUGUGUUUGACUCGUGCCCGAGGCGUCAUUGCUGGCCCUGCAGGCGCCCUUUGGCCCUAUAAAUUUGUCAUCGGCAUCCUGAAACAUCUUCUGGCAGACUUCCCGAAUGACUUCCGUGUCGAGGAAAACACGCCCGUGACCGCUAUUCACGACGAAACUACCGCUAACGGCCCACGAUACAAGGUUGAAACAAGCAGAGGCACUGUUGUCGCCCGACACGUUAUCCACUGCACAAACGCCCAUGUCAGCCAUCUAGUCCCCGGCUUCCUGGGCCGAAUCUUCCCCGUGCGCGGGCAAAUGUCCGCCCAAACCCCCGGUGAUAACUUUCCCAACCAAGCAGCAGAUCAUUCAUGGAUCUUCAACUACGACCGCGGGUUCGACUACAUGACCCAACUGCCGGCAGGGCAAAUGAUGCUCGGUGGGGGCUUCGCGCAGGGCGAGGGCGGCGGUUUAGCGGAUCUGGGCAUCUCUACGGACUCCGAUCUAAGUCUUUACAUCGAUAUCCACUUGUCUGGUGCUUUGCGUGCCAUCUUUGGAAGCAAAGACUGGGGCUGCGUGCAAGGCGAGACGGUGCAGGCGAUGUGGACUGGUAGCAUGGCGUUCAGCUCCGAUGGAUUCCCAUGGGUAGGACAGUUGCCUGGAGUUGUGACAGGUCGGUCUGAGCAUGGGUCUGAGGGUGCUGAGUGGGUUUGUGCUGCGUUUGGUGGAGACGGAAUGGUUCAGGCUUGGCUUGGUGGUAAGGCGGUGGCGACUAUGUUGCUUGCGCGGGAUGCUUCGCUGAGUGAGACUGUCAGUGCGGACCUUUCAUGGGUCCCUGAGCAGCUGCUUGUGUCCGAGGAGAGAUUUGCUGAAACGGCGUUGCCGAGAGAGGUCGACGAUGAUGUGCACAAGGCGAAUCUUUAG